AUGCGCAGCAGCAGCAGCCGGCGGCGCGAGCCCCAGCUUGGGAGAUGGCGGCGGCGGCGGCGGCGGCGGCGGCGGCGCCGAGCGUGUGAGCAUCACCCCCGGGAGCCGCCGGCCUCCGGGCCACAGGGCGACCUCGGUUCCCGCCCGUCCACCUUGCCACCAUGGGCAACGAGGCCAGCCUGGAGGGUGGCGCUGGUGACGGGCCCCUGCCGCCCGGAGGCUCCGGCCUGGGUCCGGGCCCUGGCCCCGGCCCCGGCCCCGGCCCGGGGAAGCCUCCUUCAGCACUGGCCGGCGGCGGACAGCUCCCCGCGGCGGGCGCAGCGCGGGGCCCAGCGGGACCGGCGCCCCCGGGCCCCGGCCCCGGCCCCGGCCCCGGCCCCGGUCCCGGCCCCGGUCCCGGCGCAGGCCCCGGCAGGACCUGGUGUUGGGGUUCCAGUAGGAGAUACUUGCCAAGACUUGGCACAACGUGUGGCAUAUGAUGGCUACCGUACUGCUGCUGGUGUAUCUCGGAGAGUGGACCCCAGGGAGCCCCUGAGUAGCCAGAGAGCAGCUUCCUCCACCCUAAAACAAGCUUCUGCUACUGCUCCCGGCCGAGAGAGUCCCCGGGAGACAAGAGCACAGGGUCCAGCAGGCCAGGAGGCCGAUGGCCCCCGCAGGACGCUUCAGGUAGACAGUAGGACACAGAGAUCGGGGCGAUCUCCCUCGGUGUCACCGGACAGAGGCAGCACCCCCACUUCCCCCUACUCCGUUCCCCAGAUCGCUCCCCUUCCCAGCAGUACCUUGUGUCCUAUCUGCAAGACCUCGGAUCUCACGCCGACUCCCAACCAGCCAAAUUUCAACACCUGCACCCAGUGUCACAGCAAGGUGUGCAACCAGUGUGGGUUUAAUCCCAACCCUCAUCUCACCCAGGUGAAAGAGUGGCUCUGUCUGAACUGUCAGAUGCAGAGGGCUCUAGGAAUGGACAUGACCACUGCACCUCGCUCUAAGAGCCAGCAGCAGCUCUACUCCCCAGCUCUGUCUCCUGCCCACUCGCCAGCCAAACAGCCUCUGGGGAAGCCAGAACCAGAGAGAUCUCGGAGCUCAGGUGGACCCCAGCCUAGCCCCCGGCAGGCUGAGACAGCCAGGCCCACCUCAGUGCCGGGGCCUGCCCAAGCAACUGGCCCUCCUCAGCCCCCUCUCCCGACUAAGCCUUCCACAACUGAGCCCAGGCCCCCUUCCGGAGAGGCCCCGGGCAAAAGUGCCACCACAGUGCCCCCUGGGCUUGGUGCUGGCGAGCAGACCCAGGAGGGCCUCACUGGGAAGCUCUUUGGCCUUGGCGCAUCACUACUCACCCAGGCGAGUACCCUCAUGUCUGUGCAGGCCGAGGCUGAGCCCCAGAGUCAGCCUUCCCCGAGUAAGGGGCCACCCAAGAUUGUCUUUAGUGAUGCCAGCAAGGACACGGGCCCGAGACCCCCAAGUUCAGGGCCUGGGCCUGGGCCUGGGCAAGCACCUGGAGCCAAGCCUGAGCCUGGGGCUAAAACAGGUCCUGGAUCAGGGCCUGGAGCCAUAGCGAAAACCGGAGGAGCAAGCCCAAAGCCUGGCAAAGCGGAACAUCAGGUAGCAUCAAAGGCUGCUGCCAAGCCAAAGACCACGCCGAAGGAAAGGGUCACCUGCCCACUGUGCCAAGCCGAGCUCAAUGUGGGUGGUAAGGGCCCAGCCAACUAUAACACCUGCACCACCUGCAAGCUCCAAGUGUGCAACCUGUGUGGCUUCAACCCAACACCCCACCUGGUGGAGAAAACAGAGUGGCUCUGUCUGAACUGCCAAACUAAGCGGCUACUGGAGGGUGGUCUGGGAGAGCCGACUCCACUGCCGCUGCCCACCCCACAGCAGCCCCCUGCGGGAACCCCUCACCGUGCAGCUGGAGCAGCCCCUCUGAAGCAGAAAGGGCCACAGGGGUCGGCCCAGCCAUCAGGGCCCCUGACUGCCAAGGCCAGCCCCCUACCCACCAAGGCCAGCCCCCAGCCUACCAAGGCCAGCCCCCUGCCCACCAAGGCCAGCCCCCUACCCACCAAGGCCAGCCCCCAGCCUACCAAGGCCAGCCCCCAGCCUACCAAGGCCAGCCCCCAGCCUACCAAGGCCAGCGUCCAGGCCAAGCCCCCCAGGGCUUCUGAACCCAGCAAGACCUCAAGCAGUGCCCAGGAAAAGAAGACAGGAGCCCCUGCAAAAGCUGAGCCUGUGCUGAAGCCACCUCCAGAGGCCACCACGACCCCUGGAACUCCAAAAGUAAAGAGCGGGGUGAGAAGGACAGAACCCGCCACCACUGUCAUCAAGGCUGGUCCAGAAGCCCCCAAGGGUGGGGAGGCAGAGGAACCAGUCAGCAAGCCUUAUUCUCAGGACCUGUCUCGGAGCCCACAGAGCCUCAGCGACACGGGCUAUUCCUCUGAUGGCGUGUCGAGCUCCCAGAGUGAGAUCACAGGGGUUGUGCAGCAGGAGGUGGAGCAACUUGACAGUGCUGGGGUGUCCCGGCCACGUCCCCCCAGCCCCUCUGAGCUCCACAAGGUGGAGAGCAGCAUGCGGCCUUUGCUGGAGGCCAAGGCAGCGGCCCCCAGUGGGAAGCAGAGCAAAGCACCCAGCAGCGGCACUGUGGAAGAGCAGAAGCGCAGGCCCCACUCCUUGUCCAUCAUGCCUGAGGCCUUCGACUCCGAUGAAGAGCUGGGGGAUAUCCUGGAGGAAGAGGAAUGGGGCCACCAGAGGGACCAGCAGGACACAGCUGAGUCCUCAGAUGACUUUGGUAGCCAGCUGCGACAUGACUAUGUGGAAGACAGCAGUGAGGGGGGCCUGUCCCCUCUCCCUCCCCAGCCUCCAGCCCGGGCGACAGAGCUGACGGAUGAAGAAUUCAUGCGACGGCAGAUCCUUGAGAUGAGUGCGGAGGAAGACAACUUGGAAGACGAUGACACUGCCAUUUCCAGGCAUAGCUUGGCUAAACAUGGCACCCAGAAAGGUAGUUCCAGGCCUAGGCCUGAACCUAGCCAAGAGCCAGCAGCACUGCCCAAGAGGCGUCUGCCCCACAAUGCUACCACAGGCUAUGAGGAGCUGCUCUCGGAGGGGGACCCAGCCGAAGCCACCGAUGGCAGUGGGACCCUGCAAGGUGGGCUCCGUCGCUUCAAGACCAUUGAGCUCAAUAGCACCGGGGGCUAUGGCCAUGAGCUAGAUCUGGGCCAAGGCCCUGACCCCAGUCUGGACAGAGAGCCCGAGCUGGAGAUGGAGAGCCUGACGGGCUCCCCUGAGGACCGCUCCCGUGGGGAGCACUCCUCCACCUUGCCUGCCUCCACACCCAGCUACACAUCGGGCACCUCCCCCACGUCCCUUUCUUCCCUGGAGGAGGACAGCGACAGCAGUCCCAGCCGCCGGCAACGGCUAGAAGAAGCAAAGCAGCAACGCAAAGCCCGGCAUCGCUCCCACGGCCCCCUGCUGCCCACCAUCGAGGACUCCUCUGAAGAGGAGGAGCUGCGGGAAGAAGAAGAGCUGCUGCGGGAGCAGGAGAAGAUGCGGGAGGUGGAACAGCAGCGCAUCCGAAGCACAGCCCGCAAGACCCGACGAGACAAGGAAGAGCUGAGGGCCCAGCGGCGACGUGAGCGCUCCAAGACCCCCCCCAGUAACCUGUCACCCAUCGAGGAUGCGUCCCCCACAGAGGAGCUGAGGCAGGCUGCCGAGAUGGAGGAGCUGCACCGCUCCUCUUGCUCUGAGUACUCCCCCUCCCCCUCCCUGGAUUCCGAGGCGGAGGCUGUGGAUGGCGGCCCCUCCCGGCUGUAUAAAUCGGGCAGCGAGUACAACCUGCCCACCUUUAUGUCCCUCUACUCUCCAACGGAGACGCCCUCAGGCAGCUCUAUAACCCCCAGUUCCGGACGGCCCCUCAAAAGCGCGGAGGAGGCCUAUGAGGAGAUGAUGAGAAAAGCUGAGCUGCUCCAGCGACAGCAAGGCCAAUUGGCAGGAGCCCGGGCACCCCAUGGUGGCCCCCCUCAGCCUGCAGGACCCCGGAGCCAAGGCUCCUUUGAAUAUCAAGACACCCCAGACCAUGAUUAUGGCAGGACCACUCAGUCGGCCGCAGAGGGCACACCAGCCACCCUGGGAGCAACUGUGUAUGAGGAGAUUCUUCAGACAUCCCAGAGCAUAGCCCGCAUGCGCCAGGCCUCCUCCAGGGACCUGGCCUUCACGGAGGACAAGAAGAAGGAGAAGCAGUUUCUGAAUGCCGAGAGCGCAUACAUGGACCCAAUGAAGCAAAAUGGUGGCCCACUGACCCCCGGGACCAGUCCCACCCAGCUCGCGGCGCCUGUGUCGUUCGCCGCCUCCACUUCCUCUGACAGUACCGGAGGCCGAGUUAUUCCUGAUGUCCGUGUCACUCAGCACUUUGCAAAGGAGCCCCAGGAUCCCCUCAAGCUGUACAGCUCUCCUGCCUCCCCGAGUUUAGCCUCGAAGGAGGUCGGGACGUCUUCCCAGAGCCCUGCGACCCCAGCCUCUACAGCUGUGGCUCCUUGUCCCGCGAGUGUCCCACGAGGGUAUAUAACUCCAUCCUCCCCAGCUGGCUCCGAGCGCAGUCCUUCACCCUCUUCCACAGCUCGGAGCUACGGACAGACCCCAACCACUGCAAACUAUGGGUCUCAAACGGAGGAGCUACCCCAGGCUCCCGGUGGCCCCACUGUAGGUGGAUGGGCCACCAGAGAGAAGCCCUUGAGUGGGAUCGAGGGUGAGGCUGGCACUCCCCAACCUUCCCGGGCCUAUUCCUACUUUGCUGGAUCGAGUCCACCUCUCUCUCCAUCUUCUCCCUCCGAUAGCCCCACAUUCUCUCCAGGUAAACUGGGCCCAAGGGCCACAGCAGAGUUCUCUACACAGACACCAAGCCCAACCCCUGCCUCGGACAUGCCCCGGAGCCCGAGUGCACCCACUCCCUCUCCCAUGGUAGCCCAAGGCACACAAACACCACACCGACCCAGCACACCUCGCCUGGUGUGGCAGCAGCCAUCUCAAGAGGCGCCCAUUAUGGUCAUCACGCUAGCAUCAGAUGCCUCCAGCCAGACCAAGAUGGUACAUGCCAGUGCCUCCACCUCCCCGCUCAGCUCACCUCCAGACACCCAAGCCACCAGCCACAGCUACAGCCAGACAACACCUCCGAGUGUGCCGCAGCUGACCCCGGAGCCACCUGGGCCGCCCGGCUUCCCACGAGCACCGAGCGCUGGUGCGGAUGGGCCUCUGGCCCUGUAUGGGUGGGGCGCCCUCCCUGCCGAAAACAUUUCCCUGUGCCGGAUCUCUUCUGUGCCCGGAACAUCUAGAGUUGAGCCAGGCCCCAGGCUCCCUGGCAGUGCGGUGGUGGACCUCCGCACGGCUGUCAAACCCACACCUAUCAUCCUCACCGAUCAAGGCAUGGAUCUGACCUCUCUCGCUGUCGAAGCGAGGAAGUAUGGCCUUGCCUUGGAUCCGAUUCCAGGACGGCAGUCGACCACGGUACAACCUUUGGUCAUCAAUCUGAAUGCCCAAGAACAGACCCAUACUUUCCUAGGCACUGCCACCACCGUGAGCAUCACCAUGGCCUCCUCGGUACUUAUGGCUCAACAAAAGCAACCCGUGGUCUACGGAGACCCCUUCCAGAGCCGGCUUGAUUUUGGCCAAGGUUCAGGUAGCCCCGUGUGCCUGGCACAGGUCAAGCAAGUCGAACAGGCUGUCCAAACAGCUCCCUACCGAAGUGGACCCCGGGGAAGACCCCGGGAGGCCAAGUUUGCCAGAUACAAUCUGCCCAACCAGGUAGCCCCCCUGGCCAGAAGAGACGUUUUGAUUACGCAGAUGGGCACUGCCCAGAGUGUUAGCCUCAAACCGGGAUCAGGGCCAGAGCCUGGGGUCGAACCCCACCGGGCCGUUCCAGAGCUACGGUCACACGCCACGCCCAGUGCCAGGAAGCCACACCCAGUGGUGGUCCAGGUGGGAGAGGGUGCAGCAGGCACCGUCACCACGCUGCUCCCAGAGGAGCCAGUGAAUGCCCUGGACCUCACCGGCAUGAGGCCCGAGAGCCAGCCGGCCUGCUGUGACAUGGUCUACAAGUUCCCCUUUGGCAGUAGCUGUACCGGCACCUUCCACCCCACCCCCAGUGCACCCGAGAAGAGUGUGGCAGAUGCCGCCCCACCUGGCCAAAGCAGUGGCCCCUUCUAUAGUCCCCGGGAUCCUGAGCCCUCGGAACAUCCCACCUACCGGGCACCUGAGGAACAGAGGCCCUACCCACAGGGCCUCCCUGGCAGAUUAUACUCGUCCAUGUCUGACACCAAUCUGGCUGAAGCUGGCCUCAAUUACCAUGCCCAAAGGAUCGGACAGCUCUUCCAGGGCCACGGCCGCGACUCCGCGGUGGACCUCAGCUCACUGAAACACUCCUACAGCCUGGGCUUUGCAGAUGGACGCUACCUAGGCCAGGGCCUGCAGUACGGCUCCUUCACAGACCUGCGCCAUCCCACAGAUCUUUUGGCUCAUCCUCUCCCCCUGCGGCGCUUCAGCUCAGUGUCCAACAUCUACUCGGAUCCCAGGUAUGGCCCACGGGGCGACGCAGUUGGCUUUCAGGAGGCCAGCCUGGCCCAGUAUAGUGCCACGACGGCCCGGGAGAUCAGCCGCAUGUGUGCCGCCCUCAACUCCAUGGAUCAAUAUGGCGGACGGCAUGGCACUGGUGGUGGGGGCCCUGAUCUUGCUCAGUACCAGCCUCAGCAUGGGCCCAGUGCCCCUCAGGGUCUAGCUCCCCUUAGACCCGGCCUCCUUAGCAACCCCACUUUCCCAGAAGGCCAUCUGAGCUCUGGAAACCUGGCUCAGUACGCCCCAGCAGCAGGCCAGGGGACAGCAGUCCACCAGCUGUUGCCGUCCACGGCCACUGUGCGUGCAGCCGACGGCAUGAUCUACUCUACGAUCAACACUCCAAUUGCUGCCACCCUGCCCAUCACCACCCAGCCCGCCUCCGUGCUGAGGCCCAUGGUUCGCAGCGGCAUGUACAGGCCUUAUGCGUCCGGGGCAGUCACAGCUGUGCCCCUCACCAGCUUGGCACGUGUGCCCAUGAUCGCCCCUCGGGUCCCCCUGGGGCCCGCAGGGCUCUACCGAUACCCUGCACCAAGUCGAUUCCCUAUUGCCUCUGGCGUCCCGCCUGCCGAGGGACCUGUCUAUCUAGGAAAACCUGCAGCUGCUAAGGCCCCAGUGGUAGGGAGCUCACCCAGACCAGAGCUUCCAGCAGGGGCUGCACGGGAAGAACCUCUUUCUACAACCUCUUCUCCUCCCACCAAGGAAACCACAGUUGCCCCUACCCCUGCCCCAGCAGCUGGUCAAAAGCCACCAGCAGCAGAUGCUGCGGUGGCCGGUAGCCGGCCUGGACACGAGAAGGAAGAAGUAUCUCAGGAAGAGCGGCAGCGGAAGCAGCAGGAGCAGCUGCUGCAGCUGGAGCGGGAGCGGGUGGAGUUGGAGAAGCUGCGCCAGCUGCGGCUGCAGGAGGAGCUGGAGCGGGAGCGGGUGGAGCUGCAGAGGCACCGUGAGGAAGAGCAGCUGCUGGUGCAGCGGGAGUUGCAGGAGCUGCAGACCAUCAAGCACCACGUGCUGCAGCAGCAGCAAGAAGAACGGCAGGCUCAGUUCGCACUGCAACGCGAGCAGCUUGCGCAGCAGCGCCUGCAGCUGGAACAGAUUCAGCAGCUGCAGCAGCAGCUGCAGCAGCAGCUCGAGGAACAGAAGCAGCGACAAAAGGCACCCUUCCCCGCGGCCUGUGAGGCACCCAGCCGAGGGCCUCCAGCUGCAACUGAGAUGGCCCAGAAUGGCCAGUACUGGCCACCCCUGACCCAUGCAGCCUUCAUUGCCGUAGCGGGGACGGAGGGGCCCGGGCAGCCUCGUGAACCCAUGCCCCAUCGAGGACUCUCCAGCUCUGCUUCAGACAUGUCGCUGCAGACGGAGGAGCCGUGGGAGGCCAGCCGAAGCGGCAUCAAAAAGCGGCAUUCCAUGCCACGCCUGAGGGAUGCUUGCGAGCAGGAGUCAGGGCCUGAGCCUUGCCUGGUCAAGAGAAUCGCAGACAGCAGUGUGCAGACGGACGAUGAGGAUGGGGAUGGCCGCUACCUCCUGACUCGGAGACGCAGGACGCGCAGGAGUGCUGACUGCAGUGUGCAGACAGAUGACGAGGACAACGCUGAUUGGGAGCAGCCCGUACGCCGCCGCCGGUCCCGCCUCUCCCGUCACUCCGACUCCAGCUCGGACAGCAAGCACGAGGCCAUGGCCGCCGCCGCUGCAAGGGCCAUGAGCAGUGUGGGCAUCCAGACCAUCAGUGACUGCUCCGUGCAGACGGAGCCUGACCAGCUGCCCAGGGUCUCUCCAGCUAUUCAUAUCACAGCCGCCACCGACCCCAAGGUGGAGAUCAUCAGGUACAUCUCGGCACCCGAAAAGACUGGGCGUGGGGAGAGCUUGGCCUGCCAGACGGAACCAGAUGCCCAGCCCCAGGGCAUGGCCGGGACACAACUUGUAGGGCCAACUGCCAUCAGCCCUUAUCUGCCUGGCAUCCAGAUCGUCACGCCCGGAGCCCUGAGCAGAUUUGAAAAAAAGAAGCCAGAUCCUUUGGAGAUUGGGUACCAAACCCACCUCCCCCCGGAGUCCCUCUCCCAGCUGGUGAGUCGUCAGCCUCCGAAAUCUCCCCAGGUUCUCUACUCACCGGUCUCACCCCUGUCCCCGCAUCGGCUCCUGGACACCUCGUUUGCUUCCAGCGAGAGGCUGAACAAGGCUCACGUGAGUCCUCAGAAGCACUUCACCACCGACAGCGCUCUCCACCAGCAGACGCUGCCUCGCCCCAUGAAGACCCUGCAGCGGUCCUUGUCUGACCCUAAACCCCUCAGCCCCACCGCCGAGGAAUCUGCCAAAGAGAGAUUCUCCCUCUACCAGCACCAGGGGGGACUGGGUAGCCAGGUGUCGGCGCUGCCACCCAACGGCCUGGCCCGCAAGGUGAAGCGGACACUGCCCAGCCCCCCUCCAGAGGAGGUUCACCUUCCCCUGGCUGGCCAGGCCCCCCCCCAGCUGUACGCAGCCAGCCUGCUGCAGCGAGGGCUGGCGGGACCCACCACCGUCCCUGCUACCAAGGCCAGCCUUCUCCGGGAGCUGGACCGGGACCUGCGCCUGGUGGAGCACGAGUCCACUAAGCUGCGCAAGAAACAGGCAGAGCUGGAUGAGGAAGAGAAGGAGAUCGAUGCCAAGCUCAAGUACCUCGAGCUGGGCAUCACCCAGCGCAAAGAGUCUUUGGCCAAAGACCGGGGUGGCCGUGACUAUCCGCCUUUACGUGGCCUUAGCGGGCAUCGUGACUACCUGUCUGACAGCGAGCUCAACCAGCUGCGUCUCCAGGGGUGCCCGACCCCCACCGGGCAGUAUGUGGAUUUUGCGGCCACUGCCGCUGCGCCCAUCACCCCGUCCGGCCCCGCUGCUUUCCAGCAGAGCCGGUUCCCACCUCCGACCCCACAGUACGCUACAGGCGGUAGUGGGCCAACUCAGAAUGGGUUUCCAGCCCACCAGCCUCCCGCCUACUCCGGCCCCAGCACAUACCCAGCCCCUGCCUACCCUCCUGGCACUGGUUACUCAGCCGAGCCUGGCUUGCCAACCCAGCAGGCCUUCCGCCCUCCAGGCCACUACACAGCCCAAACACCUAUGCCAACCACACAGAGCACCGGUUACCCAGUCGCAGCCGACAGCCGGGCCUCUCAGCAGAAGCCCCGUCAGACCUCACUGGCUGAUUUGGAGCAGAAAGUCCCCACCAACUAUGAGGUGACGAUGGCGACCAUGCCAUCUGCCUCCUCUGAAAUGGGCUACAGUGGUGCAGCGGUGAGCAGCGGCUAUGAGCAGAGCAAAAGCACCGAGCUUCCCCGGGCCAGUGUGAGCCAGAGCCCAGCUCCCACCUACCCCUCGGACUCCCAUUACACCAAUCUGGAACAGAACGUUCCUCGGAAUUAUGUGAUGAUCGAUGACAUUAGCGAGCUCACCAAGGAGAGCACCCCCAGUGGGCCUGACAGCCAGCGGCUGGAGCCCUUGGGGCCAGGCAGCAGUGGGCGCCCUGGGAAGGAGCCUGGAGAACCAAGUGUCCUUGAGGCACCCACGCUGCCCUGCUGCUAUGGCAGAGGGGAGGAGGAGUCUGAGGAGGACUCGUAUGACCCCCGUGGGAAGGUGGGGCAUCACCGGAGCACGGAGAGCAAUGGCCGAUCCACCAGCACCCACUACUAUGGUGACAGCGACUACAGACAUGGAGCUCGAGCAGAGAAGUACGGCCCGGGGCCUGUGGGGCCUAAACACCCCUCCAAAAGCCUGGCCCCAGCUGCCGUCUCUUCCAAGCGUAGCAAGCACCGGAAGCAGGGCAUGGAGCAAAAGAUCUCCAAGUUCUCGCCCAUCGAAGAGGCCAAGGAUGUCGAGUCGGACCUGGCUUCUUACCCUUCACCUGCCGUCAGCAGCAGCCUAGCGUCUCGGGGCAGGAAGUUCCAGGAUGAAAUCACCUAUGGGCUCAAGAAGAAUGUGUACGAGCAGCAGAGGUAUUACGGGGUGUCCAGCCGGGAUGCAGCCGAGGAAGAUGAUCGCAUGUACAGUGCAAGCAGCCGGUCCCGGAUGACCUCUGCCUAUAGUGGGGAGAAGCUCUCCAGCCACGAUUACAGUGGCCGAAGCAAAGGGUAUGAAAGGGAACGCGAGACUGUGGAACGACUUCAAAAGGCAGGUCCCAAGCCUUCUUCUCUGAGCAUGGCCCAUGGCCGGGCACGGCCCCCCAUGAGAAGCCAGGCCUCUGAGGAAGAGAGCCCUGUCAGCCCCCUGGGGCGGCCUCGUCCCGCUGGGGGUACCCUCCCUCCUGGGGACACCUGUCCACAGUUCUGCUCCAGCCACUCUAUGCCUGACGUCCAGGAACACGUCAAGGAUGGACCACGGACCCAUACUUAUAAGCGUGAGGAGGGCUACAUCCUCGAUGAUUCCCACUGCGUGGUUUCUGACAGUGAAGCGUAUCACCUGGGCCAGGAGGAGACGGACUGGUUCGAUAAGCCCCGGGAUGCCCGCUCUGACCGAUUUAGGCACCAUGGGGGCCAUACAGUCUCCUCCUCCCAGAAGCGAGGCCCUGCCAGGCACAGCUACCAUGACUACGAUGAGCCCCCUGAGGAAGGCCUGUGGCCUCCCGAUGAGGGCGGCCCAGGUCGCCAUGCCUCAGCCAAGGAACACCGGCACCACAGUGACCACGGGAGACACUCAGGCCGCCAUGCCGGGGAGGAGCCUGGACGGCGUGCUGCCAAACCACACGCUCGAGACAUGGGUCGCCAUGAGGUCCGGCCCCACUCUCAGCCAAGCUCGGCCCCAGCCAUGCCGAAGAAGGGUCAGCCCGUGUACCCCAGCUCUGCUGAGUACUCCCAGCCCUCCCGGGCUCCAUCAGCCUACCAUCAUGCCUCCGAUAGCAAGAAGGGCUCCCGGCAGACCCACUCUGGGUCUGCUGCACCGCAGCCAAAGCCAGAACCCCAAGCACAGCCCCCGCUGCAAGGUCGGCAGGCAGCUCCGGGGCCCCAGCAAUCCCAGCUGCCGCCAUCGAGGCAGAUGCCCUCCGGGGCAGCAUCCCGGCAGCCACAGAUGCAGCAGCAGCAGCAACAGCAGCAACAGCAGCAGCAGCAACAGCAACAAGCUCUUGGGCAGCAACCUCCCCCCCAGCAGGUCCCAUCACAGGCUCGAUUGCAGCAGCAGAGCCAGCCAACCGCCAGGGCCUCAGCUCCUGCUGCCAGUCAGCCCACGGGGAAGCCGCAGCCAGGUCCCACGGCCACGCCGGGCCCCCAGCCAGCAGGACCGCCACGGGCAGAGCAGGCAAAUGGCCUUAAAGGGACAGUCAAGGCACCCCAACAGGGGAGGGCUCCUCAGGCCCAGCCAACACCAGGACCUGGAGCCGCAGGUAUGAAGGCUGGAGCCAGGCCCGGAGGGCCCCCAGGGGCUCCUGCUGGUCAGCCAGGUGCUGAUGGGGAAAGCGUGCUGUCCAAGAUCCUCCCGGGUGGGGCAGCCGAGCAAGCCGGAAAGCUGACUGAAGCUGUCUCUGCUUUUGGCAAAAAAUUUUCCUCAUUUUGGUGACCGUGCCCAGCAGGGUUCUUAAAGACAUAAAGAGAGAUAUCAUUGCUGUGGAAAAAUCUCUGGAGUGCAAGGCCUGGGCGCAGCUCUGGACUCUGCGUAUAACAGUGAGUGUUGACCAAGGUGGGAUGGGACAGAGAAGGGCGCAGGGGGUCAAGGCCGGGGUGAAUGAGCCACCCUCUACAAAGGACCUAAUGGACUUCUCCAAUAGCCCCUUGGGACACAGGCCGAUAUGCUGUCUGAGAUGGGGAAAGGGCCCCCAAGUGAAGCCAACACAGUACCAUACAACUGGAGCUUUAUACGCUAGGCACUGAGUCCAGAAUUAUCUUGGAGAACAGGGAGGCCAUUGGCUCCUGUGGGAGACAUGUCAGUUUCCUGGUACUGAUGCCCUUUGCCAGAGUCCCCAAAUUCUGCAGAGCUUAGAAACUUUGAUCAUAAGGACAAGACAUUGUUGGCUUUAUGGGGUGAACUUGUAGCUUAUAGAUGGAAAUGAGGCAGACAGAAAGAGGACAUACAGGAAAAAGGGGUCACCGGCCAAGCAGUCUUAGCCCCAGACUAGAUCAUCCUGGGGUGACAACAGAAGGAGAAGGGUCCUAGUUCUGUCUGGGCUGCAGUGGCCAAAGUAGAAUGGGAUGCCACCUCUUGGAGUUUGCCUGGGCCCUGGCUUGGGCCCUACUUCUGCAGGGCCAAGGGUGGGGGUGAGAGGAGAAAGGCCUCAUUCAGGGUGGUAGAGAGAAUAGCCUGGCUGUUGCUGACACUAUGUGCAUAGGCAGGGACCACUUCUAAUCACCCCAUAGCCCUGCGGCCUUUCCCUCCCUAUCCUUUGCCACUUUAGCCUUAACAAUAUGGAAACAGGGCUGGGAAGGUGGCUUGGUGAUAGAGUGCUUGCUUUGCAUGC